AUGGGAACACGGUGGAACACGCUACAGUCGUUGGUGUCUCGCGACGAUAGCACAGCCCAGGAGCUGUUGGAUCUCCUGGGUGACCCUUUCAAACAAGAGCUCAGCGAUGGUGCCAUUUGGUCCGCCAUUGGCUCGUCGAUAGGUUUCACGUUGUUCAUCGCAAUUGCUUUCUCCUUUCUUCGACCGUAUAACACCGUCGUAUACGCGCCCAAACUCAAACAUGCCGACGAGAAGCACGCACCGCCCCCUAUAGGAAAGGGAUACUUUGCGUGGGUCAAGCCGCUAUGGAACACGAAUGAGAAGGAGCUGGUCAAUCACGCUGGCAUGGAUGCCGCCAUCUUCCUGCGCUUCACCCGCAUGUGCCGCAACAUCUUCCUUGUGCUGGCGCUCCUGGGAUGCGGAAUCCUUCUGCCCAUCAACUACACCAAAAACAGCGGCGACGACACCCAGAAGUGGUUGAUGCGCCUGACACCACUGCAAGUUUGGGGGGACAACAACUGGGCACUCGUCACUGUGGCCUACCUGUGGGUCGCUGUCAUCUGCGGCUUUCUAUGGUGGAACUACAGGAAGGUUCUCGAGUUGCGCCGUUUCUAUUUUGAAAGCGAAGAGUACCAGAACAGUUUGCAUGCCCGGACCCUCAUGCUGAACGAUAUUCCCAAGAACAUGAGCUCGGACGAAGGCAUCGCUAGAAUCAUCGAUCAGUUUAUACCGGAGUCGUCUUUCUCCCGCACGGCCAUUGCUCGCAACGUCAAGGAUCUUCCCAACCUCAUCGAGCAGCAUGAUCAUACAGUGCGGAAGCUCGAGAAGGUACUCGCCAUCUACCUCAAGGACCCCAAGAAUCUGCCUGCCGCACGACCAAUGUGCCAUCCUUCCAAGAAGGACCCGUCGCGGGAUACGUACCCCAAGGGCCAGAAGGUAGACGCCAUCGAGUACCUUACGCAGCGAAUAAAAGAAUUGGAGCUCGAAGUCAUUGAGGUUCGCAAGAGCGUCGACAAACGCCACACUCUGCCGUACGGCUUCGCCAGCUACGACGAUAUCUCCGAGGCCCACUGCAUCGCUUAUGCUCUGCGCAGGAAGAAGCCCAAGGGCGCUUCCAUCCAGCUGGCUCCCAGACCAAAUGAUGUUAUUUGGGACAACAUGCCUCUUGGUCCGUCUACGCGGAGCUGGCGCAGAAUCGGGGUCAACAUGUGGAUCACCAUUUUGACAUUGCUGUGGAUCGCACCGAACGCGAUGAUUGCCAUCUUCCUGGUCAAUUUGAGUAAUUUGGGCCUGGUGUGGAAGGCAUUCCAGAACGAGCUAUCGGCGAACACAGGCUUCUGGUCCAUCGUACAAGGUAUCGCGUCGCCUGCCAUUACCUCGUUGGUGUACCUAGUGCUACCUAUCAUCUUUCGUCGCCUGUCCAUCAGAGCCGGGGACCGCACGAAGACGGGGCGCGAGAGGCACGUCGUGGGCAAGCUCUACUCGUUCUUCGUCAUCAACAACCUAAUCGUCUUCUCGCUCUUUGGUGCCCUGUGGAGCUUCACCGCCGCCGUCGUAGCCGACACACAGAAGACGGGGGAUGCGUGGCAGUCGAUUCUCCGGAAAUCACUGGGCUCUGCGCUCUUCACCGCGCUCUGCGACAUCUCUCCAUUCUGGAUCAAUUGGCUUUUGCAGCGAAACCUGGGGGCGGCCAUCGAUCUGGCACAGCUGUGGACGCUGAUCUACAGCUUCUUCAUGCGCAAGGUUUCCAAUCCGACGCCGCGAGAGUUGAUUGAGCUCACGGCCCCGCCUUCAUUUGAGUAUGCCAUGUACUACAAUUACUUCCUCUACUACGCGACUGUCGCCCUUUUCUACGCUCCGCUUCAGCCACUAGUUCUGUUAGCUGCCGCUCUCUACUUUGCCGUCGAUGUCUGGCUGAAGAAAUAUCUGCUGCUCUACAUCUUCAUCACCAAGAACGAGUCUGGUGGCAUGUUUUGGCGUGUCCUUUUCAACCGCAUGGUAUUUGCCACCAUACUAUCAACCCUAGUCAUCUUCCUGACCGUCUGGGAGCGUGGUGACUGGGGAACACACAGCCAGGCUUUUGCGGUGGUGCCACUGCCUUGUAUCAUGCUUGGCUUCAAGUUCUACUGCUCUCGAGUUUUUGAUGAUAAGAUCCACUAUUACGCCAUUCGAAACGUGCGCACGCACCCUGAAGGUGUGGCGAGUAAAGACCCCUUGCGCUCCGAUAGACUGGCAUCCCGUUUCGGUCACCCGGCUUUGUACAAGCCCCUCAUCACACCGAUGGUGGCCUCCAAGGCGCAGAACAUCCUUGCGGCAAUUUACAAGGGUCGUUUGUCCGAUGGCCGAGAUGCCUACUCGGGCGAUGCCAUGUCCACGUCGGGAUACUCGGAUGCCUACGUUCUUGACACAAUGAACAAGUCUGGCAGGACGAAGGGUACAUUGAAUAUGCCCGGUUUCGAAAUUGUGCCCGAAUCGCGUAUGGACUUCGAGUACUACAAGAACCGGCCCGAGUUUGCUGAUGAACAUGGCGAUGGCGGGAUAUUUGGUCGACAUGGUGAUGUAAUUCGCCCUGGAACUCCUGGCAGCGUGUGGAACGGUAGUGAAUCUGGGUCUAGACCAGGCAGCCCCGGCAUACCUUCUGUGCCCAGAGCAGGUAGUCCGGGUCCGACCAGGACGUUUUCGCCCAUGUCUCCUAGUAUGGGCGGUUCCAACCCGUAUAUGCCUCCUUCGUCGCGCAGCCCACUCUAUUCACAUGGUAACGACAGCGGAUCGAAUCUGAUGAGCAGCGCAGCACCGAUGCCUUUAGCAAACCCAGUUACGUCUAGAGAACGUAGCUUUGACGGCGGGCACGGGCCCAGAGGUCCCGGAGGUGUUGGAAUGCUCGGUGGCGGCCCGCGAGGCUACGGCAACCUCCCUCAACACGAGGAAGACAUGGUCGCCCCGGAGACUGACCCAAUGUCUUAUGACUAUUUCCGGAGCUCGAGGACGAGACGGGGUUAG